UCCUCUCCUCCCUCGGUUACCACAACCACAUCGACCUUGUCGAUCGAGCUUCACUUGUAUCUGAAGCAGCUAAUCACAAGCUCUAGAAAGUAGCUGCCCCUUGUGCACACAACACGGUGUCUGUGUCUCUAAUGGCGCUCCAAGCAUCAUCACCAUCCAUGUUCCGCGCCGCACCGGUCACCGCUCCCGCUUCUUGCCGUCGGCAGUUCCAAGUGCGCGCGAGCCCAGCAUCCUCGGCUAGCAGCGCCGGUGGCGGCGAUGGCAAGGUGGUGAUGAACAAGGAACAGAUGAAGGGCGCGUGGAAGAUCGAAUACUCCGGCGAGAAGCCCGAGACGCCGCUGCUCGACACGAUCAACUACCCCGUCCACAUGAAGAACCUCUCCAACACGGACCUGGAGCAGCUGUCGGCGGAGCUCCGUGCGGAGAUCGUGCACACGGUGUCCAAGACCGGCGGCCACCUCAGCUCGAGCCUGGGCGUGGUGGAGCUCUCCGUGGCUCUGCACCACGUGUUCGACACACCGGAGGACAAGAUCAUCUGGGACGUCGGACACCAGUCGUACCCGCACAAGAUCCUGACGGGGCGGCGUUCGCGGAUGCACACAAUCCGCAAGACCUCCGGACUGGCCGGGUUCCCGAAGCGCGACGAGAGCGCGCACGACGCAUUCGGCGCCGGACACAGCUCCACGAGCAUCUCCGCGGCGCUCGGGAUGGCCGUGGGUCGCGACCUCCUCGGCAAGAAGAACCACGUCAUCUCCGUGAUCGGCGACGGCGCCAUGACCGCAGGCCAGGCCUACGAGGCCAUGAACAACUCCGGGUACCUCGACGCCAACAUGAUCGUCGUGCUCAACGACAACAAGCAGGUGUCCCUACCGACGGCCACCCUGGACGGUCCCUCCAAGCCCGUCGGCGCACUCAGCAAGGCGCUCACCAGGCUGCAGUCCAGCACCAAGUUCCGCCGCCUCCGUGAGGCCGCCAAGACCGUCACGAAGCAGAUCGGCGGUUCGACGCACGAGGUGGCGGCCAAGGUGGACGAGUAUGCGCGCGGCAUGAUCAGCGCGUCGGGAUCAUCGCUGUUCGAGGAGCUCGGGCUCUACUACAUCGGCCCCGUCGACGGGCACAACCUGGAGGACCUUGUCACAAUCUUCGAAAAGGUCAAGUCCAUGCCGGCUCCGGGGCCGGUGCUCGUCCACAUCGUGACGGAGAAGGGGAAGGGGUACCCGCCGGCGGAAGCCGCCGCCGACAAGAUGCACGGUGUGGUCAAGUUUGACCCAAGGACAGGGAAGCAGUUCAAGACCAAGAGCCCGACGCUGUCGUACACGCAGUACUUCGCGGAGUCGCUGAUCCGGGAGGCGGAGGUGGACGACAAGGUGGUGGCGAUCCACGCGGCUAUGGGCGGCGGCACGGGUCUCAACUACUUCCAGAAGCGGUUCCCGGAGCGGUGCUUCGACGUUGGCAUCGCGGAGCAGCACGCCGUGACAUUCGCCGCGGGGCUCGCUACGGAAGGGCUGAAGCCGUUCUGCGCCAUCUACUCCUCCUUCCUUCAGCGCGGAUACGAUCAGGUGGUGCACGACGUGGACCUACAGAGGCUGCCGGUCCGCUUCGCCCUGGACAGGGCGGGGCUCGUCGGCGCGGACGGCCCCACGCACUGCGGCGCAUUCGAUGUCACCUACAUGGCAUGCUUGCCUAACAUGGUGGUCAUGGCGCCCGCCGACGAGGCUGAGCUCAUGCACAUGGUCGCCACCGCCAACGCAAUCGACGACCGCCCAAGCUGUUUCCGCUUCCCCCGUGGCAACGGCAUCGGCGCCGUCCUUCCUCUCAACAACAAGGGCACCGCCCUUGAGGUGGGCAAGGGGAGGGUGCUCGUCGGAGGAACCCGGGUGGCGAUCCUGGGCUACGGCACGAUUGUGCAGUCCUGCCUGAAGGCGGCCGAGGCGCUGAAAGAGCACGGCAUCUUCAUCACCGUGGCCGACGCCCGCUUCUGCAAGCCGCUCGACACGGAGCUCAUCCGCGACCUCGCCGCCGAGCACGAGAUUCUCAUCACCGCCGAGGAAGGCUCCAUCGGCGGCUUCGGCUCCCACGUUGCGCACUACCUUGGUCUCAACGGCCUCCUCGACGGCCACCUCAAACUGAGAUCGAUGUUCCUACCCGACCGGUACAUCGACCACGGCGCGCCGGAGGACCAGAUGGAGGAGGCAGGGCUCACGCCGAGACACAUUGCCGCCACGGUGCUGUCCCUGUUGGGUCGGCCAUUGGAGGCACUCCACCUCAAGUGAACCGAUUGGCGCACACCUUAACCAGAAACCACAGCCACAUGGAGGAAUAUGGAAGGAGCACCUCCACACAAGGAUCUUGGAAUUAUGUGCUUCGCCAGUAAGCAACAAUCCUACGUGCUGAAAUAGGUAGCUGGGAUCCGGAUGGGAUGAUUCUUCGCAAGUUGAUUCCAAUGCUUCCAAUGGCAACUUAAGGGAUAGAACUGGAGCCUUGCUUUGAGAGCAGGAGGAUAUUUUUGUGUCAGUGGCAUAAUGCAUCUAUACGUUCCUCUUAGCUAGGUUCUGUGUACAGCUAGUCACUGCAAGUGUAUUAAUUAAUGAAACCAUGUAAUGCAAUAAUAUUAUGUAA